CUUGUUUUCUUUUGCCUCCCAUCAUUAUACAUAAGGGCAGGUUGGUGUAGCCAGCUGUUUUUUCCCCUGCCAUGCAUCCCACUUCCCUUCUAUUUCUGCUGUCUGCCUGCGCAACGGCGCAUGGCACCGCGAAGCCUCAUGCUUUAUGGCAAUUUGCCAGAAUGAUCACGUGCACCCAGCCCGAAGCCAACCCUUUAGCUUACAGUGACUACGGGUGUUGGUGCGGCCUUGGGGGGAGCGGGACACCCAAGGAUGAGGUUGAUAGGUGUUGCGAGGUCCACGACCUGUGCUAUCGAGCAAGCAGGCACCUUCCGGAGUGCCGCCCCGUCAUUGACGUCCCGUACAUCAAGAUGUACAAAUUCUCUUGCAUGAAUGGGCAGGUCUCGUGUUCAGCCUCCAAUGACAUUUGCCAAGCCUCGGUAUGUGAGUGUGACCGUGUCGCGGCCAACUGUUUCGCCCAGUCAACCUACAACCCUGAGAACAAGAACCUGGACCCAGGGGUCCACUGUCUCACCUGAGCAAAGACAAAUCCUCUUGACGCAGCAAAAACAUCUGAAACUAGAGGUAUUUACUCUAGACUCACAGAAUGUUGUUGAAUCCUGUUUCAUGUUAAAUGUGACAUAACUCAUGGAAUUCAAUUUGUUGUGCAAAAACAUUGACCUGAUUAAAUUACUAA